AUACUCGCCUCUGUGUGUCUGUCAGGGAUAGAACAGAAGACAAGUCAGGGAAUCUACCAUCAGUAGAAAAGACCAGAACUCAACGAGGUAAACCAGUAAUAAGCCCGGGGUAAAGAGACCCCUUUCCGUUUUCACUGAUGGAUCAUAACACAUAAGUACUGUCUGCGUUUACAGUUGGACACUAUUUGACUGUAUGCCAAGAGGACGAACCUCAAAGAGGAUUUAUUUAGGAGUUGUCCGCAUCUUUAAGGAAUCCAGAUGGAAAUUGACACGAUGAGUGACUGUGAUUGAGGAUAAUAAUGAUGGAAGACAGAGUGAUCCAUCCCCAGCCCAAGCCAGAGCGUUCCUCCUCAACCCUCCCUGUUCUUCACCGACAGACUCCCUGAAGGAUACAUUGACCUUCACACAUCCAACUUGCCUGACAACCUGGCACAUUGUAAAUUGAAGAAAGGUUGCUCCUUUACUCUCUGCCAAGGACUAGACAACGACUACAAAAAGGCCAAAGCUUUAGGGACCAGGCAUCAGCAGAAAUCUGUUCUGUCUCACUGCGGUAACAAAUGAGCCUUUAUUUGUGAAGUUAACAGUGCUAACAGCUGACUCCAUAAGGACCCAUUUCUAGUUCAAGGUAAUAGGGGGCCAAGAUGAAGAAGACUGCGUUCUUGGCUUGUUUGUUAGCGGAGCUAGCUCUGACAGUUUUUGUUCUGGCCUCGGAGGGGGGUGCUGCUCAUUGUCCUGCAUUGUGCCAGUGUGAGAUACGACCCUGGUUCUCUCCAAGCUCUAUUUAUACAGAGGCUCCCACGGUGGACUGUAAUGACUUAGGCCUAUCGUCAAUGCCAGAGAGACUGCCCUCAGACACACAGGUGCUAUUGUUACAGACCAACAAUAUCAUAAGUGUUGAGAAACCUUUGGAUUACCUGGCUAAUAUCACUGAGAUAGAUUUAUCCCAGAAUAACAUAUCCUCUGUGAGCGAUGUCCAUCUGGGUCCUCUUCCCCAGCUGCUGUCACUGCACAUGGAGGAGAACUGGGUUCAGGCCCUGUCAGACAACUGUCUCCCAUCCCUGCCCAACCUCCAGGAGUUCUACAUCAACCACAACCUGAUCUCAUCCAUCAGUCCUGGUGCCUUUAGAGGGCUAGGGGGGCUCCUACGGCUCCAUCUCAACUCCAACCACCUCAGGGGCAUCAACAGGGUGUGGUUUCAGCCUCUACCCCGCCUGGAGAUCCUGAUGAUUGGGGAGAACCCCAUUGUUCAAUUGUCAGACAUGAACUUCAAGCCCUUGGUCAACCUACGCAGCUUGGUUCUGGCCAGGAUGAAUCUCUCCGAAAUCCCAGAUGACACUCUGGUCGGCCUCGACAACCUGGAGAGUGUUUCGUUUUUUGACAACCUGUUUGACAGAGUGCCACAGGCCGCUCUGAAGAAAGCCAAGAGCCUGAAGUUUCUGGAUCUCAACAAGAACCCCAUCGAGAGGAUUCAGAGAGGGGACUUUGUGGACAUGAUCCACCUCAAAGAGUUGGGCAUCAACAGCAUGCCUGCGCUGGUGUCCAUCGACAGCUUUGCCCUCAACAAUCUCCCUGAGCUGACCAAGAUUGAGGCCACCAACAACCCCAAGCUCUCCUACAUCCACCCCAAUGCCUUCCACAAGUUGCCGAGACUCGAAACACUGAUGCUGAACAGCAAUGCCCUCAGCGCCUUGCACCACAGCACUGUGGACUCCCUGCCCAACCUGCGUGAGGUUAGCAUGCACAGCAACCCCAUUCGCUGCGACUGCGUCAUCCGCUGGAUCAACAUGAACCAGACCGGCGUGCGCUUCAUGGAGCCAGAUUCCCUCUUCUGCGUGGAGCCGCCGGAGUACCAGGGCCAGCACGUCCGCAAGGUCCACUUCAGGGAGAUGACUGAGAUUUGCCUCCCGCUCAUCUCGCCUGGGAGCCUCCCAGAUCGUGUCACCGUUGGGAAAAGGAGCUCGGUGACGCUUCACUGCCGGGCAUUCGGAGAGCCGGAGCCAGAGAUAUACUGGGUCACCCCCUCCGGGGACAGAGUCCUGCCCAACAGCGUGUCUGAUAAGUACUACAUGCAUCCAGAGGGGACCUUUGACAUCUAUGACACUACCAUGCUUGAGGCAGGGCUGUACACCUGUGUUGCUCACAAUCUUGUUGGUGCAGACCUCAAGUCUGUGUUGUUGGUGGUAGAUGGAUACUUUCCACAUCCUUCUGAUAAUGGCAAUGCUUUACAUGUGGACGUUAGAUCAGUGCAGCCCAACUCUGUUUUGGUGUCUUGGGAUAACACUCACGGUGGUCUUAUAUCCAACAUAAAGUGGUUCACAAUGGCGAAUGCUAAGCAUCCCUCCAUGGCAUACACUGCUAGAGUACCAACCGAUGUGAAGGUGUAUCGUCUCACCCACCUAAACCCCUCCACCCAGUACCGGGUGUGUGUGGAAGUCACGAGCAUGCAGCUCGGACACAACAGGGGCUGUGUCAAUGUCACCACAAAGGGACUGGCUCACACCGUGGAGAGCAGUGAGAAGUGGGACACAGUGGUGAUGGCUGCAUGUGCUGUGCUUUUCAUCGUGGUUGCUGUGGCUUGCUCCAUCAUAUACACAUCUCUGCAAAGCCAACACUUUUACAGGAAGUUGAUGGUGGACCAAACUGAGUCAAUGCUGGGUCCUAGCACCCGCCCCGGCUCUGCCUCUUCUCUCACAGAACUCUGUGUGGCUGGGGUCAAGGUGAAGGUGACUGUAAUAGACUUGCCAGACAACUCCAUGUAAAGAAAGAAACGACCUUGGAGCAGGAAAAUUAAUGUUCUGGAUUUUAAACAAGGUGAAAGAGUGUUGGACAUGUGUGAUUCAUGUGCCCUCUUUUCAUGACAAUGACAGAGCAUUGGGUUCUGGAACUCCUGGAACUUGGAACACAUGAUUGAACCAUAAAUCGGCACCCUCACGCAUAAAUACGUAACCAGCUAAUCCCAGACCCACAGACUCUUUUAUACAACAAAAUUAUGUCAUUGCAGCAAAAACGUGCACAGACAGGUAUCUAGAUUGCGAUAUACAGUAUGUGGCUACUGAUCGGUCAUUCAUGCAGUGCAACUGAAAAAAAGCACAGCACAAAGACUGUGUCGUCUCUCUCGGUUAUUGACUUGUGCUUUAUAACGCCUUGUGGAGAUUUGGAGAAUAUUUUCUGUGCUGUUUAAAUAACACUCAAGGGCCAUAAGUAAGAAAUACCACUCGUAUACAGUUUAUAAUGGGCAAAACUUGUUAGACUAGUAGACAAUAACAGUGUAUAUGUAAACAAUUUUAUGAUCAAAUAUUUUUUUUCAUUAAAAACAGUACAUUGUA